AUGGGGCAGGACUCUGCUCUCCUGGCAGGUGGGAUCCCUCCAAGCGGAAGUACUGCAUGGCGCCCGGAUGGGAGGAGCUACGCACCAAGCUGGAGGAGAUACUUGUCGAACACGCCGGGGGUGACCAGAAGCUGGACAGGAUCCCUUUCCGAGAUGGCGGCGAAAGGCGAGGCUGGAUGCGGCUUGGUGGCCGAUCCAGCACUCCACGAGAAGAUGAUUGCGGCGAUGAUUGCACACCUCCGGGCGAAGUCCUCGGAGACCGGGGAGGGUGCCGUUGACCCGGGGCAACCCUUCAGACUUAGGCUCAUCGCGGCCCUGCUUCGUGAUGCUUCGGAUCCCGACUGGAAGGUCUUCUUGGAGGCGAUCGAGGGGCUCCCGGCUGACUUCUGGGCCAAGUACGGGGACGAGGCGGCGGUUUCGGCCAUCGCGGUGAUAGUCGAGGAGGGAAGGGCACUCGAGCUGCUGCUGUACGCCGAUGACGUGGAGAUCAUCGGGGGGGAUCGGAGAGGCCGGAGAGGCAUCGUCCUCUCGUACGCGAUCCUGGCAUGCCUUGGCUUCCCCUUCAAGUGGUCUAAGACUAAAGGGGGGCUGAACGUCCAGUGGGUGGGCUAUGAGACCGCCUACGGGACCUUCAAGCUGGGCAUCUCUGAGAGGCGGGCGGCCUGGCUUGCUGAGUGGACUUCGAGAAUCUCCGCGGAAGGGAAGGUCACUUGGGAUGACUUUGCGUGUGGAUUGGGGCGGCUGGGAUUUGGUGCGAAUGCCUUGUCUUGGGAACGUCCCUUUCUGGGUCCUCUCUACGCUUGGUCGGCGGCCACCCGCGGGCGGCGGGGCGCCCUUCAGCUGCCCGUGAUGCUGAGGUCCAUCCUGGCGUGGAUGUCUGGUCGCUUCAGCUCUGGAGAUCGGCUUCAAUCCCCUGUGGAGAUUCCGAUGGGGCCAAAGGCGGGCGAGCUGAGCUUCUUUUCUGACGCGAAGGCUGAGGAGGGAAGCGCUUGGGUUGGCGGCUACCUCUGGGAUGGCGACUCGGCCCUGCAAUGGUACGCACUUGAGGUCCUUGAAUCCUGGGCUCCAUGGGCUUUCAUUAAGAAGGAUUUGAAGCGCACCAUCGCGAGCCUUGAACUUCUUGGAACGCUUAUCUGCGUGAAGCUUUGGGGUGAUAGGAUGAAGCGGCAUGGGAAAG